AUGAUUCCCUCCUCCGCAGCUCCGUCAAGCACCGCAAACGCCAUGGCCAUGAGAGCUAGCUCGAAUCCAGAGGACCAAGACGACGACUCUCGCUCAUCGUCCUCCACCGCCUCCCCGGCUCCCGCCGACAAUGAAGAGUCGGACUUCUUCCUCGGCGCCAACGACUCCGAGUCCUCGCUGGGUGUUCCCAACAUCCAGGAUAUGCAAGUCCAAGACUCCUGCUGGCCACCUGUCAACCGACUCCCCAACGAGAUCCUCAUGAGCGUCUUCGCCAAGCUAGGCGCCACACCAGAUUUGUACCACUGCAUGCUCGUAUCCAAGCGAUGGGCCAGGAAUGCCGUCGACCUGCUGUGGCACCGUCCCGCUUGCACCAACUGGCAAAAUCACAGGAGCAUCUGCCAAACGCUCGGCCUCCAACACCCGUACUUUAGCUACCGCGAUUUCAUCAAGCGGCUGAACCUUGCUGCCCUCGCUGACAAGGUCAACGACGGAAGCAUCCUACCUCUGGCAGCUUGCACAAGAGUCGAGAGGCUGACUCUUACCAACUGCCGUGGUCUCACCGAUUCCGGCCUCAUUGCUCUCGUGAAUAACAGUCCGACGUUGCUGGCUCUGGAUAUCUCAAACGACAAGAACAUUACUGAGCAAUCUAUAAACGCCAUUGCUGAGAACUGCAACCGGCUGCAAGGCCUCAACAUUUCUGGCUGUGACGGCAUAUCGAAUGAGAGCAUGAUCAACCUCGCCCAAAACUGCAAGUACAUCAAAAGGCUCAAGCUCAACGAAUGUGCACAACUGCGGGAUAACGCAGUCAUGGCCUUUGCCCAACACUGUCCCAACAUUCUCGAAAUUGACUUGCACCAAUGUUCUCAGAUCGGAAAUGGCCCAGUCACAGCUUUGUUGUCCAAAGGAAACUGCCUGCGCGAACUGAGGCUUGCCAGCUGUGAGCUCAUUGACGACUUCGCGUUCUUGAGCCUCCCCGAAAAGAGAGUGUACGAUCACCUUCGCAUCCUCGAUUUGACCUCUUGCACGCGACUCACCGAUGCCGCCGUGGAGAGAAUCGUUGACGUGGCUCCCCGACUUCGAAACCUAGUUUUGGCAAAGUGCCGAAACAUCACGGAUGCCGCUGUUCAUGCCAUUUCCAAGCUUGGCAAGAACUUGCACUACGUGCAUUUGGGACACUGUGGCCACAUCACCGACGAAGGCGUCAAGAAGCUUGUGCACAGCUGCAGUCGGAUCCGUUAUAUUGACCUCGGCUGCUGCACGAACCUUACCGACGACUCGGUGAAGCGACUGGCCUUGCUACCCAAGCUGAAGAGAAUCGGUCUGGUGAAAUGCAGUUCCAUCACUGACGAGUCAGUUUUUGCCUUGGCAGAAGCCGCCAACCGUCCCAGAGUACGGAGAGAUGCGAGCGGCGUUUUUGUCGGGGGAGAAUAUUACACACCCAGCCUGGAACGUGUUCAUCUAAGCUACUGCGUGAACCUGACCCUGAAGAGUAUCAUGCGACUGUUGAAUUCUUGCCCGAGGCUCACCCAUUUGAGCUUGACGGGUGUCGCUGCCUUUCAAAGAGAUGAUUUUCAGGCGUAUUGUAGAGUUGCCCCAGCUGAGUUUACUCAACAUCAGAGGGAUGUCUUUUGCGUCUUUUCUGGCAACAUGGUGUCCCAAUUCAGAGAUUUCCUCAACACCUCGCCGCGGUUCCAGGAACUGAGAGAAAGCUUACCAUACCGAGCUGGCGGCAGCCGCAUCCGUGGUGCUGCAGCCAUAAGGUCCCGAGUUGUGGCCAACUAUCUCAACAACGCCGAAGGCGAAACCUUUGACGACGACAUGGCCGAUGAAGAAAACGACUUUGAGGUUCUCGACGGAAGUGACAUGAUUGUCGACGUUCAGAUUCAAAACCCGCAGCAACCCGGCGACGCUGCGGCUGGCCCGAGCGAUGCCGCCGCCCUGCCCCCAACUACGCAAUCCAUUCCCGUUCCACCUCGGGCACCAGACACCAGCCAGCACCCUUUUGCUGCCCCCAAUCACACGAACCCGGCACUCCACCCCCUCGAAUACCAACAGGUGGCUGCAACGGGGCCACUGUCGUUUUCAAGCCUCCCUACGAACCAGCCAGCGUCGGGUCCGCCACUCAGCGCGAGUUCCGGCACGCGAGCUAGCGUAGCCAGCCUGUUGACGCAGCCGAGAAAUCCGCAAGGGGCCUCCUCGACCACUCCAUGGCUUGUCAAUGGCGCCAGCACUGCUCCGAUGCAUCAACAAGCCGAUGACUCGGUGAACCAAUAA